CUAUAGAAGUCUAGAAAGGAAAAAAAUGAAUUAGCACAUAUCAAGUAUAAAGAAUAGUUUGAUGUUUCUUGACAUAGAUUAUAAUAGUUAAAUUUCAGUCUCCUAUCAUCAAAUCAACAGUUUUGACUUUAUAUAUUUUAAAUGAUUAUACAACUUUUUUUGAACAGCUCAUAUUAAUAAAUUCAUUCUAUAUAAAAAAGAAAUAUUUGAUCUUUUCUAAUAUUAAUAUUAUGACAUCUGCUUUUAUAAUUCUCAUUUCUGGACAUUUCUAAGUGUUCAUUGAAACAUUUAUAUUGAUCAAAGACUUUAUUCUAUGAACAAUAUAUAUAUAUAGAUAUGAUUAUAGGAAUAGAAUAUAUACAUUCCUUAAGCUGAACACUGAGUAGUGUGUGAAGCUAUAGACCCGUAAUAAAAAAAUUCAAAGAAAAAAGCAUCCUUAUUAAUACGAGAUUAUUCAGCAUACAACUUACUUUUUUUCUAUAAAAGGUUUUUUUAUCCUUAUUAUCUCUUUCGAAAGUUAUUAUCACAUUCUUACAUACAUUGCAAGAGAUUUACUCAACUAGAGUAUCUUUAUAAUAUUAACAAACAGUUUGCUACCUUGACAAAAAAAACUACAUAUUUUGCUUUUAGAUAAUUAAUUUUAAUUCAAAUGUCAUUUUAAUAUUCUAUUAAUAUUCUUUUUGUUCCUCAUCAUUCCGAAUCCAUCAGUAAACCUGAUACAAAUAUAAAAUUUAUCUCAUUCUUCCUUUCAAAAAAAAAAAAGAAGCAGCAAGUAAUUAUAAUGUCACGAAGCCGACGUAUUGCUUGACUGUAAGAGAAGAAAAAAAAGAAGAAGAGCAAUGUGAGCGGCACUUUGAGAUAUUGAAUAACACAAUACAAUCUUUUGCAAACACUGUAACUCGUUACUUUGACGUGAACUAUUAGUACAACAUCCACCGAAGCAAAAGAAAAUAAUGUUGUUCAUUCAGCAAUAUUAUAAAACAAUCUGUUUAAUAUUUUUUACAUUUGUUUUUCUCUUAAUAAAUUAUUCAUAUGAUUUUAAAAAGUAUUACCUAUUACAUCCAUUUCAACCAAUCCAGUCAAUUCCACCAUUGGAUCAAUCUUUAUUAUUUCAUAUAAAUGGUAGUAUAAAAUCUAUAGGUAAAGCGUCUCCAAUCUAUAUUAUUAAUUUACCAUCUCGUCCCGAUCGACGCACCGAAUCUAUUGCACUGAUGCAGACAUUGAAUUUAGAAGCAUUUAUUGUUCCAGCUUAUUCCAUUCAUUCAACUGAGAUCCUUAGUCGAAAUAAAUAUCGUAAUAAACUACUUCUUAAAUUAACUGAAUUAGCUUGUUGGGCAAGUCAUAUGCGUGUAUGGUUAACUAUAGCUAAUAAUACACCUUGUCAAAAUAAUGCAUGGUCAAUUAUUGUUGAAGAUGAUAUAGAUCUUGAAAUUGAUACACCUCAAAUAAUGCAGUCAUUUUCACAUUCAAUAUGGAAUGAAGCUGAUUUAAUUUAUCUCGGUCAUUGUGCUAAUACACCUGGAAAACUUAUAGAUCAAUCAUCACAACAUAAUUAUCGUGUUCAUCAAGCUCUUCAUCCAAGUUGUACACAUGCAUAUGCAAUUCGAUCAGAUGCUGCUAGAAAACU